GAUCCCUGCUAGUUGCUGCUGGUGUGGAGCCUAGCUGGGGGAGAGAAACCGUUGGAGAAGGCAGAACACGUAUGACAAAAAGAAGUAAAGUUAAAGAUUGAGAAACAUCUGGCAACGUGGAAGAAAGAAACUGAACAGGUAUCACCAGCAACUUGAAAACAUCUCUUCUCUCCCCUGGCUCUGCAGUGUGGAAGGACACCACCCUAUAUAUCAUAUCUUAAAGUCACCCAGUGCCUCUACCUGAUUGAUCAUUAUUUCCCCGCAUCUUCACCAGUGCAAAAAGCAACCGUACACCAGCAGGACAGACCGCACACAAGCAAAGUCAGACGAACCACAGCUACCAAAGUUAUCUGUCGAUACCGUAUUAAGUUUGGUGCCCCCUUCUGAUUAGUCCAAACCUCGUUCAUCAGCAUCGUUCAGUUAUCUCAUCAAGUCAGUCCAUUUAAGAACGCCGUAAACAGUCUUUAGCACCAUCAUGGCCUCCAUCACCCAGUCAUCCGAGCCUGAGAUCCCAGACAACCACAAGGAGAGCUGGCUGGCGCUACUUUCUGCGGCGGAAACGUAUUGCCAAAAGUCUGGCUGCGACCUGGCCAUCCUUACAGCCUGUAAGAAGUUCCGGUUGUCAGCUGGAGACGGAGAUGGGAGGAGGAAACGGGAGAGCGGCAGUGCCUUUCCUAAGGAGUGUGAUUUCUCCUACAAUGUAUGGGGUCAGGGGUUUCUGGCCGAGUCGGCGCGCCGAUACAUGGACGACAUCGGCGUGCUGCACUCCACCACCAUGCUAACAGCCCAAAAGCACACACGCCAGUCGGGGGGAGAGGGAGGAACCAAGCUGGUGGUUGACCUGACCUCGGACCCUGGACUCAGGGGGAGCUUUACCGGAGACGGCGGGGUGGGCGGAGUCAGUCCCAAUGGCAGACUGUUUUCCCAAAGCUACCCGUCAAUCUACAGCUCAGGAGCUGGGACCGGGCAGGGCGGCAACGGAGAGAGGGAACGGGAGAAGGGUGCUCUGGAGGCCGAGCGGGGGAGGCAGAGAUCUGGGAUUGUGGACUUGGAAGAAGAGUGUGAGGACGAGGAAGAGGAGGAGGACAUGGAUGAGAGGAGACCCUACGGGAAUGAAAGUGCUGGUGUCUUCUCCAUGGACGAGGACUCUCUGUCCCGGGACUGCGAGCCGUUCUUUGAGUCCGACGGGGAGGAGGAGAGCACUGAUGGCUCUUUGAGUGAGGAUGCCCCCCCGCCGGCGCGCGGCAUGGCCAUGGGUCAGGCCGCGUACUCGUCCCGCCACGCUCACCCGAUGGCUCUGGCCCGCUCGCUGCCUGUGUCUGUGCCUGUGUGGGGCUGCAGAGGAACCAGAUCCGCUCAAGGAGACAGCAACAGCGGAGAACGGGUGGGCUGCGCUGACCUGGAGCACAUCGCCGCCAGUAUGAAGGCCCUGCUGGCCCCCGGAGCCACCGACGGGACGGAAAUGUUCGGGGCCCUGCCUCGGCCCCGCCUCAACACGGGGGACUUCUCCCUGAAGCACUGAGAGAGAGCGAGGCGGAGAGAAAGGGAUGGAGGGCGAGGAUCAGAGCGAUGUAGGGGACGUGGAGGGAGGCUGUGGCGACGGGAGGACGCCUGGACCGCCUGGCAGAUGACGUUCAGUAUGUGAAACAGUGUAAAAGCUAGAACCUCCGUUUAUUUCUCACUAACCAGAAUUAACGGCACAUGGCUGGAGGAGUAACUGACAGAAAGAAAUGUUGAACACUAAUAACAUUUUCAACACUAUGCCCCCCCUCCCUCCUCUUCACUACACCUUUCACCAUGCUAGCUGCUACACAUCCCACAACACUACAUUAGGACCUCAAGAUGUGUGUGUAGUGACCCACUGCACUGACCAACAAGGACACUAAAACAGGGUUUAUAGUAGUCUAACUGGCACGGCCAAUCGUUAAGCGUUAGGAACCUUGUGUGCUGAUUGGUGUGCUUUGGUAAAAUUACCUGUGAAGUGAUGAGAACCUGGGGAACAGCCGCCUGCAGCCGGUUGAUCGUUGGCUCCGGUGCUGCAUGCUAACGCUCCAGCAGACACUGAUUUGAGUGAUAUUAGCGUUAGCAUAAUGUGCAGUAGCUCUAAAGCUAAAUGCUACAUCAUCUUGAAGCCACUCUUCUGAAACGAGGACAAAAUUAACUGAAAGGAAUUUCUUUCCAAGAGUUUAAUUAGAAAAACGAUACCUGUCUUCUGUCUGUGGGAGAUGGUUAGCUUAGCUUAGCAUAGACUGGAAGCAGAGGGGAACAGCUAGUCUGGCUCUCUCCGCAAUUUAGAAAUGCACCAACCAGCACCUCUAUCGCCGACUAAUCAACAUGUUAUAUAAUUAAUCUUCAAUCGCACCACACAAACAGGAAUGUAAAAUAACCAGUCAUGGUUUUACGAGGAGUUACAUCCACCUGGCGUCUGCGGCUGUAUGCUGCAUUCAUGGAAGAAAUCCACCUUCACAUCAUUUAAAUCCCCCAAAUUAGCUACAUUGCUAACACUAGCAAAGAUACAUACUUGAAGCAAUUUAACUAAACUACUGUAGAUCCAAAAUGCAUUUUCCUAAAUUAAUUGAAUUGAUUAUAGUGGUGUUGCUAUUAGAUUUUAUUUAGAUCUGACUGCUGGUGAUGGUGGUUUUGCCACCAUUUGCCAAAAGUUUGUGGACACUUCUGUUCUCCUCAUGUAGUGGGAAGUAUUUUUUAACUCGGCUUGUAAUCAUUGCUAGAGCCUUGUGACCUCAUUGUAUCGACAAGAAGACCCCAGGAAGUCACUGCUCCUGGGUGUUACACUUAUAACUUAUAACCCCUAAAAAUUGUUAUUUUUACAUUUUAAUGUGUGUGCAGGUAAAUUAGUGAACUUUAAAUAUGCUGAUAGGGGUGUAUUUUUGAAUUUAAGCGAGAACUUGAGGCUAGCUGUUUCCCCUGCUUCCAGUCUUUAUGCUAAGCUAAGCUAGCCGUCUCCUGUUUGUAGCUCAUGGCCCUGCUGUUAGAAAGUUUUAGCAUGAUGCACACGAGCCAGCGAUGUCCCCGGAGCCGGUGGAUGUCGUCUCUGCACGCUCCUGUUGUUUAGCGGGUAAGUUGACCAACAGGCCAGUUGAAAUAAAAACAAUCUCUUCCUUAAAGGGGUGAAAACCAGAGAAAUGGUUGACUUAACAUGAAGCUUGUGGCUUUUCAAAAUGUGAGCGGAGGACACCAGCACCUCCUCAUAACAUGCCUAUUUGUACUUUUACUUUUGCCAAUGAAUGACUGACUGAUAGAAUGAUUGUAAACUGAGUUACAGGGGAUGGUGGAUUUUUCUUUUUUUUUGCUCCAGAUAUCAUGUUGAAAUGAUUGAAUGAAUGAGAAACUGAGAGAGAAACAAAGAGAUGGGUUGAUUUUGAAAGGAACAAAUGUCCAUCUCUGACAUUUCAAAAACAAAUAAAUGUUCUGUUAAGUACUUUUAUGUUUCAAAUAAAGGAGCAACACCAAGA